AUGAGGGCUGGGUCCAGGAUGUCUCUAGUGGGGACCCAGCACCUCUCGCAUUACACCUCUCGCAUUACAGUCCCGCCUUACAGACAGCUCCUGGUGUUGAUCCUGUAUUGCCGUUCCACUGGCGACAACCCAGCUCUGCCCAGUUGCAUAGGCUCGGUAAACAGUGCCUCGGCCUUCGAUGACUCUUCGAUGACUCUCGAGGAAGGUCGGGAAACCUCGGGUGCUCUCGACAAUGGGACCGUUGGGAACUUCCGGGCUGACUCGGAGGCGAGGGACAGAAAACACUACCGACGUGGCCUUCCCAACCGCUUCCUCAGGAGCCUGCUCAACUCCUUCCUCAGACGCCUGUCCAACCCCUUCUUCAGAAGCCUGCCCAACCUCUUCCUCAGUGGACUAUCCAACCCCUUCCUCAGUGGCCUGCCAAACCCCUUCCUCAGAGGCCUACCCAACCCCUUCCUCAGAGGCCUACCCAACCCCUUCCUCAGAGGCCUACCCAACCCCUUCCUCAGAGCCCUACCAAACCGCUUCCUCAGAGCUCUACCCAACCCCUUCCUCAGAGGCCUACCCAACCCCUUCCUCAGCGUCCUACCCAACACCUUCCUCAGUGGCCUGCCCAACACCUUCCUCAGUGGCCUGCCCAACCCCUUCCUCAGAGGCCCACCCAACCACUUCCUCCAUGGCCUGCCCAACCCCUUCCUCAGAGGACUACCCAACCCCUUCCUCAUAGGCCUACCCAACCCCUUCCUCUGUGGCCUGCCCAACCCAUUCCUCCGUGGCCUACCCAACCCCUUCCUCAGAAGCCUGCCCAACCCCUUCCUCAGUGGCCUGCCCAAACCCUUCCUCAGCGGACUACCCAACCCCUUCCUCAGAGGCCUACACAACCCCUUCCACAGCGGCCUGCUCAACCCAUUCCUCCGUGGCCUACCCAACCCCUUCCUCAGAAGCCUGCCCAACCCCUUCCUCAGUGGCCUGCCCAACCCCUUCCUCAGUGGCCUACCCAACCCCUUCCUCAGAAGCCUGCCCAACCCCUUCCUCAGAGGCCUGUCCAAACCCUUCCUCAGAUGCCUGACCAACCCCUUCCUCAGAGGCCUGCCCAAACCCUUCCUCAGUGGCCUACCCAACCCCUUCCUCCAUGGCCUACCCAACCCCUUCCUCAGAGGCCUACCCAACCCCUUCCUCAGAAGCCUGCCCAACCCCUUCCUCAGAGGCCUGCCCAAACCCUUCCUCAGUGGCCUACCCAACCCCUUCCUCAGUGGCCUGCCCAACCCCUUCCUCAGAGGCCUGCCCAAACCCUUCCUCAGAUGCCUGACCAACCCCUUCCUCAGAGGCCUACCCAACCCCUUCCUCCAUGGCCUACCCAACCCCUUCCUCAGAGGCCUAUCCAACACCUUCCUCGGUGGACUACCCAACCCCUUCCUCAGAUGCCUGCCCAACCCCUUCCUCAGAUGCCUGCCCAACCCCUUCCUCGGUGGACUACCCAACCCCUUCCUCAGCGGACUACCCAACCCCUUCCUCAGAUGCUUACCCAACCCCUUCCUCCGUGGCCUACCCAACCCCUUCCUCAGAGGCCUACCCAACCCCUUCCUCAGCGGACUACCCAACCCCUUCCUCAGCGGACUACCCAACCCCUUCCUCAGACGCCUGCCCAACCCCUUCCUCAGAGGCCUGCCCAACCCCUUCAUCUGUGGCCUGCCCAACCCCUUCCUCAGCGGACUGCCCAACCCCUUCCUCAGAUGCCUGCCCAACCCAUUCCUCAGCGGACUACCCAACCCCUUCCUCAGAUGCCUGGCCAACUCCUUACUCAGUGGCCUGCCAAACCCCUUUCUCAGUGGCCUGCCCAACCCCUACCUCAGAGGCCUGUCCAAACCCUUCCUCAGUUGCCUGUCCAACCCCUUCCUCAGAGGCCCGCCCAACACCUUCCCCAGAGGCCAGCCCAACCCCUUACUCAGUGGCAUGUCCAAACCCUUCCCCAGAGGCCUGCCCAACCCCUUUCUCAGAAGCCAGACCAACUGCUUCCUCAGAAGCCUGCCCAACCCCUUCCUCAGUGGCAUGUCCAACCCCUUCCCCAGAGGCCUGCCCAACCCCUUCCUCAGAGGCCCACCCAACCCCUUUCUCAGAAGCCUGACCAACCCAUUCUUCAGAGGCCCGCCCAACCCCUUCCUCAGAGGCCCGCCCAACCCCUUCCUCAGAGGCCCACCCAACCCCUUUCUCAGAGGCCCGCCCAACCCCCUCCUCAGUGGCCUGCACAACCCCUUCCCGAGAGGUCAGCCCAACCCCUGA